UCACCUGCACUUUCUCUCUCCUUUAUUGUUUCUAUUGUUAAAAAAAAAGAAUGAAUCCCUCUCAAAGCCCUAGCCCUAAUUUCACGUUCUUAUCCGAUGAAAACUCUAUUUAUUCUUUCAUGGAUAAUUAUGAUUUUUCCAAUUUGAUGUUCAGUGUUGGUGAAGGAGGCAACAAUGGUUUAAUCCAGGAGGAAACUUCAUCUCCGACAACCUUCGUUACCGGCGAAAGCGGCGGAUCCGGCAGCGCACUUACGACGUUGAGGAAAAAGGAAUCAACUAGUCUCGAUUGCAAAAAUAGGGGAAGUAAAGAUGGAGAGACGAAGGAGAUGGGUCAUCGAGUUGCAAUUAGAACGAGAACAAAGAUUGAUGUGAUGGAUGAUGGUUAUAAGUGGAGGAAGUAUGGGAAGAAAUCUGUCAAGAACAACACUAACAAGAGGAACUACUACAAAUGCUCAAGUGAAGGUUGCAUGGUGAAGAAGAGGGUAGAGAGAGAUGGUGAAAAUGCAGCUUAUGUGAUUACAACCUAUGAAGGAGUCCAUAACCAUGAGAGUCCAUCACACGUCUAUUACAGUGACAUGGUUUAUGAUCAUGAUAACUGGAAGCAACACUCUCUUCUUCAAUCUAUCCAAACAUUUCCACCAUGUUGAGAUUAUUAGAUAUCUACCAUCAUUAUAAUGAUCGCUAUGUAUUGGUUCUGAAUGUUUUGAUAAUGUACAUGGUUAAUUAUGAAAUUAACCUCUUGUGGUUAUAUAAGGUAUCAAAAUAUCAAUGUAUAUAUACAUAGUUGCUAAUUUGCAGUGUUGUGU